AUGCCAUCGGAAGUUGCGUCGAAUAAUUCAUUGAUCAGUAUCGCAAUAGCGUCAGCUGGGUCUUCAUUAAUGGACAUACUCAGUCAACAAUCCUGCGAAACGACUGAUCAGCUGAAUACGGUAACAGCAGUACAGUAUCUCAACAGUCCUGUAGUGUCGAUCGAGUCAAUGAUGGAUACGGAAAAUAGCAAAUUAUCAACAUUGUUCAGUACAACCGGUCGCGAACGAAAUUCUACUGGUCCAUUGAAACAAUGGUUGUACGAACAUCAGGAUCAUCCAUAUCCGACAGAGAGUGAAAAACAAAUGCUGAUGACCAAAACGAAAAUGACUUCGGCGCAAAUCACCAUCUGGUUUACAAAUGCUCGUGUGAAAAUGCGUAAAGAACACAAAUUACCAGUGAAAAUAAAUGGAAAGCGACAAAAGAAGAACGAAAAAGACGAUCUACACGAAUUGAAGAAGAUUCUUGAUUUAUCGUUCUCAUCUGAAGAUGAAACAAGUGAUUCAACACAUUCGAACGAUAAACGUAUCUGUAUUGCAUAUUCUUGUCUCAAUAGCGAACAAAUUACAAAUCUUCAACGUUUUGCUAUGAAUCAUUCGGAUCAAGUGGCAUUAUGCGAACAAGUUGACAAUUGUACAACACAUUUAAUCAUCGGAAAUGAAGAACAACCACUUUUGUGUCCACUAACGAUGAAACUAUUUCAAGCAAUUGCUCGUCAUUUAUUCAUCAUGAGUUAUCAAUGGAUUAACGAAUGUUUGCAACACAAUCAGAUUCUGAAUGAAAUGAAGUAUGAAAUUCGCGGUGACAUUCCUUUCGGAGAAUAUCACGAUGGUAUGCGAAAGAGUCGCUUAGCAAAACAAAUGAAAUUAUUCCACAAUUGUCAAUUCUUUCUUCUAUGCGAUGGUUGUCAAGAUAAAAUGUCGAAAGUUGAACUAGCGUCAUUGAUACAAUUAUGUCACGGUUCUAUCCUGAAUACAUUUCCUUUGACUUCAUCGAUCGAGAGUUCAAUGUUGACGAUUGUGCUCUGUACUGAUUUAUUUCGAUUUCAAUCUUCAAAUGAGCAACAAUUGUUUGAACUAUCUCGCUCCAACGGUGUUCAUUUUCUCGGUCCAGAAUGGAUACUCGAAUCAAUUGUACAAUUCGCACUGCAGCCAUUCGAAGCAUAUGAACAAGACUUCUGA